CUGUGGCACAUGCAUGGGCUGAUUUUUAGAAAGCUCCAUCUGGAUGUGGGAACACCUUCUGGUGGUACUUUUUCCCCUCCCUUAAAAGAUUGCUGCCUCUCUGUGGCAGUCUUGAAUUUAUUUCACUCCCUGAACCAGUAAACAUAACAGGGUGGGGAAAACCUCAAGCCCACAGGAUACUGUAGUUAGAAGCAGCAGAACAGAAGAGGCUGAAUGAUGCUGAGGGCAAUCAAGAAACCACCACUUCGAAAUGAGCAAGCUGAUGAAGCGGCAUAUUUAGCACACUUAGCAGCACAGAGAAAUGCAAGUGCCUUCUUUGAGAAAUUUGAGCGAAGUGAGCUUCAGGAAUUACUUACCAUGUCAUUCUGCAGCUGGUUGGCAGCCAGAGACGACUUACGCCAACCAUUAGAAUUUCCCAGUGGAGUUAUGACUCAAAUGAAAAGCAUAAAUGUCCAAACAGCUAUUUUGCUUGCACCCGUGGAACCAGGCAUAGAUUUGGAUUGUAGAGAGAUUCAUCAGAUUAUCAGAGAGCUGGCUGUCGGAAUUUACUGUUUGAACCAAAUACCCUCGAUCAGUUUGGAUGCCAAUUACGAUCAGAGCACUUCUUGUUCACUUCCUCCAGCGUACUAUGACACGAGAAUUGGACAAAUGUUGAUCAAUGUUGACUACAUGAUGAAAGCUCUAUGGCAUGGAGCAUACAUGCCCAAAGAGAAACGGGUGAGAUUCUCCGAACUGUGGCGUUCUAGCAUGGAUAUCGAUGCUGAUGGCAUCCCGCAAACAGAAAGAACAGCUUGCACAGAGUUUUGUCAAGCUGGUCUAAUUGAUAUUUCAAAGGAACCAGAUUUUGAAGGAAUCUAUGAUGAAAACAUGAAUGAAGAUCCAACUUAUAACCCUAACAGCAUAGAAGAAAAAACAUGGUUCAUGCAGUUUGUAGAUUAUCUCUUGCUUAAGUUGACUUUUGCUACUACAGAGGUUCAGCAAUAUGAAAAUGUGUUAAAGUUUGAUGCAAAAUACCAUCUUUGUAAUGCAAUAAGGAUGACUGAGGAUCGCCUGGAUAGUGUUGCAUAUCAGAGGCUACAGCAGAGGUUGUCUCUUCAACAAAAACUUCUGAAAAAAUACCUAGAAAAAAAAGCAGAAAUCCGCAGGAAUAUAGCAUACCUAAAGCUAAUGAGUUUACUUAUUCCAUUUAUCAUCAAUUUAAGAAGAAAAAAUAAAAUUCCAAAUUUAAGCCGACUUCUUCAGCCAUACUCAGAUGACAAAGUUAAAACAGAACGUGAGUUGCCUCCAAUUUUGCUCGGAUCUGAUUUUAAAUGCCAACACUUUAUGUAUGCCCAGAAUCAGUAUUUCCAUCUCCAUGGUGGUAUUGAAUUUGAUGUUGGCACUCCUUUACUUGAAGACGUCUCAGAUGAGAUUAAGGCUGCCUAUACAGACCUGCAAAGAUGUGCAGCAAACCAUCUUGCUCAACUGCUAGAUCCAGAUGCUCCAUAUAGAGAACAUUAUCCUAUACCAGUAAUGGAUUUUGAUGGCAGGAGUUACUAUGUGAUCGGCAUUGAACUUGAAGCUUUUUAUGUGCUUUUUAAGACUCAGUGGUGGGGAGCUAUAAAUGAAAUAAUGAGCACACUUAAACCCAAAAGACUUCCAUUAACUGAUAUUCAAGCAAUGGAGAUAUUCAAGAAAAGAUUUGGCUAUAAGAAAGCGAUUAAAUGCAAGAGUCUGACAUAUGGCAUGAAAGCUGCUGCCGAAAGAGGGCUAUCUGCUAUCUUCCUUACAUUCUGUCGUAAGACAUCUAUCUCCAGCCUCAGUCUUACAGAUGAAGGUGGCUAUGCCAUAGUUCACCAUGCUGCUAUCCACAACCAUAUGUCAAUUUUAUCUCAGGUGAUUAAGUCAUAUAUAACCAUCAAUCAAAGGCGCACCAUACCAGCUAGCCAAGGAAAACGUUUUCAGAGAACUGAUGGAAAGAGUGGCAAAAUGGUUUCAGGAAUAGUAAGUUUCCUAGAAAAGGACACUCCUGUGGAAAGAAGUUGGGGUGCGACUGCUUUGCAUCUAGCGGCUCAGUGUUGCUCCCUCGAAGCGCUUCAUUUUCUCUUGGCUCUAAGAGCGGAUUACCGGAUUCCUGACGAACGCGGAUGGCUGCCUAUACACUCUGCUGCCUACUACGACAAUAUUGCCUGUGUCACGAUUCUUUACCGAAAAAACCCAGAACUGCUAGAGAUGGAAACAGCAUCUCAAUAUCGCUCCACUCCACUCUUGCUUGCAGCUACAUCUGGAGCACUAGAGACUCUUCAAUAUUUGUUUUCCCUCAAUGCCAACUGGCUGAAAAAAGACAGGGGAGGAAAUAAUAUAAUUCAUUUGGCAGUGCUGAAUUUUCAUACAGAAAUUCUGAACUAUCUAAUUGAACUAAAGAAUCCUGAUCUCCCAGUUUGGAAUACCCUUGUUGGGAUGAUGACCUGUGAAAACUAUUUCAGGAGGGAAAUGGCAAUAAGGUGUUUAGAAGUGCUUUGUCUUGCCAAAGAAGACUAUUGGCAGUGCAUACUGGACGCAGGUACUAUCCCCUCACUAAUCAACUUGCUAAAAAGCAAAAUAAUCAAGCUGGAGUGCAUAACUCUAGGGGUGCUGAGUAACAUCACAACCCAUGAUUCUAUUGCUAGAGCCUUUGUAGAAGCAGGAGGCAUCCCUAUAUUAAUUAAGCUAUUGAUGUCUGAGGAACCUGAACUGCUGGCUCGCUGUGCUGUCGUUUUAUAUGAUAUUGCCCAGUUGGAUGAUAAUCAGGUUGUCAUUGCUGAGCUGGGUGCAAUUCCUGCUCUUGUCAGCCUGCUGCGGUAUGAUAUAGAGGGUCUGCUAGUGAAUGUAAUAAAUUGCAUCCGAGUAUUGUGCAUUAACAACCAGGAGAAUCAACUGAAAGUGAAAGAAAGUAUGGGCAUUCAACCACUUGUUAAUUUCCUAAAUGCAGACUCAGAUGUACUACUGGCAGUGGCUUCAGCGGCGAUUGCAGAACUUGCUCGUGGAAAUUUGAAGAUGCAGAAUGCCAUUGCUGAGGCACAAGUGAUUGCUCCUCUAGUUGAGCUUCUCCGGGUAAGGAAAAUCAGUGUCCAAGUGAAAGGAGCAAUGGCAAUUGAGGCACUCUGCGAAAAGAACACAUACAUCCAGAUGAAAUUUCUAGCCAAGUCCGCGACAAAGUUCCUUUUAAAACUUCUGAAGGCGUUUCAAUUGAAAGUUAAAGAACAAGGUGCCACAGCACUCUGGGCACUGGCAGGACAAACACUGAAGCAGCAAAAAUACAUGGCAGAACACAUUGGAUACAAUCUGAUUAUAGAUAUGCUUUUGUCAACAUCUGAUAAAAUGCAGUGUGUUGGAGGUGAAGCUGUCAUCGCUCUUAGCAAGGACAGCCAAGUACAUCAGAACCAAAUAUGCGAAGGGAACGGGAUUGCCCCUUUGGUUCGGCUGUUAAGGAGCUCAAGGAUAGCAGAGGGCACACUUCUCAGUAUCAUCAAAGCCUUGGGGACCAUUUGUGUCGGUGAAGCUAACAUAAGCAAUCCAAAUAGUCAAGAGAACGUAGUGGAUGAAGGGGCCAUCCCAAUACUUGUUCAUUUACUUAAAGCUCAUCAUUCUCUUCAAGUAAAGGUUGAGGUUGCAGUUUCUUUGGCUUGUAUUGUUUUAAAGAACAGUAACCUGCAGAAUAUGUUACUAGAGAAGGAAGGUUUUUCUUAUUCCGAUGUCCUUGGGCUGCUUUAUGCAUCAGAUAAGGAUAUCUGUUUACGGGCAGGAUAUGCUAUAGCCCUUUUUGCUUAUAAUAAUCCAGUCCAGCAGCUCUUGAUCCUGGAGACUGGACCAAUAUCAUUGUCAGCAUUUGAACCUUUUCUGCAAUCCGAAGUAGAGACGGAUAAAGCAAUGGCUGCCUAUCAGAUUGUUGUAUUAGCCAGAAUUAUAGUUGAUAUGGACCAAGUCACUUUGUCUGCAAGAGGAGUUGCUGUUUUGGUUGACUUCCUAUGUUCAGAACAGAAAUCCACUCUAGCGUUAGUAGGGAAAUUAUUGGCUAGUUUGGCUCACACAAGAGCAGGCAUUCCAGAAGCAAUUACAUGCUUGGGGACUGUUCAGCGUCUUUGUUAUCAUUUAUAUGCAAAGGAAGAAGAGGUUCGUACAGCCAUGGCAUGUGCUCUGGGAUAUUUAACUUUUAAUCGAACUGCAUACCGCCAUCUAUUAAUACAGUGUAGGAAUAAGCCCAAACUGUUCAAGAGGCUAAUAAUGAAUCUCAGCAAAGAUGGAAAAAUAAAUUCUGACUUUGUGAAAGAGUUUAAGAGACAAAAGAAAAUUGGGCUGCCAUCUCUCAGCUUGGAGAUAAAUGGAGGACCACCUGCAGUUCCAAUACAUAUACGAGAAAAGUCACGGGGCACUGGUGUCAAAAUAUACAAAACAAAAUGCCGUCCGAAGGACUCCCUCUUUUUAGUACCAACGACUCACCUAAUGGGAAGAUUCAGAGCUCCAGAGAAACCCCGCAUUCCAGUAUCUGGACAUUAUACAAUGCCACACGCUACAACAUCAGACCUCAUUGAAGUUUCAAGACCAAGAAUUGUUAACAUCUACACACUCCGUUCUAACUAGUCGGAAAACAAAGAAAGAAAAAGACCAACUACAAUGCAGCAGUACAGAAACAGUGGCUGCUGUUAAGAUCUUUAUGAUACUAUUUAAUUAGGGUAAAACUACUCUUUGUAGUGAUUUGUGCUGAAAGGAGAAAGCUUGUCUGUUAAUAAUGCAAAGAUUUGCUUCAAUGGUAAAGAAUAAAAACACUGGCCAUACAUUUAAGCUUUAAAACUGAAAAGCAGCUUAUGUGCAGUGUCAGAAGUAGGUGGGGCUAAACUCUUAUUUCACAGCACACAGUGAAAUGUCUUAUAGAAACAUAAAGGAGUGCUCUAAAUAUCAAGACAAAUCUUGCAACAUAUUUUAGUCCCAUUUGUGUUAACGCAAUCAAGAUGGCUAAUGAGUUAAAUUGAUUGGCUAACAUUCUCUGCAACGGAAGGAGGGCUGCAGGUCCACAUGGAAUCUUCAGUAGCCCUGCACUGAAGGCCUUUUGAGCAGUGGUCAGGAAACCAAGGGGAAUGGGGGAGCAACUUUCACAUAUAUCUCCCCUCUUUUCUAAAGCCCCUUUCAUAUGCAUAAACAUGUUCCCAAAGGCUGCAUGAUCUCAGGAGCAGAUUUAUGCAACUGGAAAAGAGGGAAGGGAGAGAUGCAAAAAAGGAUCUCAGGAGCAGAUUUAUACAACUGGAAAAGAGGGAAGGGAGAGAUGCAAAAAAACUCUGCUUUCCCCAUUUGUGCCCAGCCUGCUGCAUGAAAAGCCUUUAGUGCAGGCACACCCUGCCUGGAACAUUCCCUAAGCCAACAGCCUGUUAGCUUCUGAAAUGCCAUGGAGAGGAACCGUAAGCCCCUCAGGACCACCUUCUGUGUGCGGUCCUCCAGGAGGGACUGGAGCCACCAAAGUACUGUGCCUCGAAGCUCCACACUGGCAAAGUGGCCCAGAAGGUUACCAUGACUGAUGGUAUCAAAAGUCACUGAGAGACCCAAGAGAACCAACAGGGCUGCACUCCCCCAUCUAUCCCAUGGUGCACGUCAUUCCACAGGGUGACCAAGAUUAUUUCAAUCCCAAACUUAGGUUGGAAAACAGAUUGGAAUGGAAUAAUUAGUGUCAUCCAGAACCUAUUUCAGCAGGCCUUCCCCUAACUCUAUAUAUUUCUUUGCGAAUGCCCUGUUUUAAUGACUGUCUUAUCUUGCACUUCUAUGAUUUGAGAGACUGUUUUACUCUAUUUUUAAUGAAUUUUGUUGUAAGAUGCCAAGAAUUCAUUUAUGAAUGGCAGCAUAUAAACAUUUGAAAUAAAUGUUUGUUUUAAAAAGA